CAUUGGUCCGGUCCAUGAUAAGUAACUGGGAACCUCCACCAGGGAUGAGCCUCUCUCACAGAUUCACCAAGCAACUUUGAAAGAGGAAGAGGAUGACCGAACAGGCGCAAGUUGAGGAGAGCAGGAGAUAGAUAACACUGGGCCUCCACAACGCAAUGGCUCAUGUGUUGCUAGCAUACGCCGGUCCCCAACGCCUGCUUAUCCUACGCCCCUGCGCAGCGUUUUCUCAACCGCCAACCACUUCGUACCCCAGCUUUUCCCUCCACACCAACCGCUUCCCGCCGUUCUUGACCGUUAAUGUUUGGAAUCCGAGCUAUGCUCGGACCAGAACGUUGCUGUGUAGAGCUAAAGCGAGUCGAAGCCGGAGAUUGAAUACCCAGAACCUGGAAAGAGAGUUUGAAGAAGAAAAACAAGAGCAUGAGGAAGAUGAUGAAGACGAGGAUGAAUUUGAAGAUGGGUUUUCAGCUCGGGGUGGAUAUAGAGGGAGAGAAGAAGAGAAAGAUUAUGACAGAGACCCCGAGUUCGCUGAAAUCCUCGGUAGUUGUCUGGACGACCCGCAAAAGGCGCGGUCCAAAAUGGAGGAGAGGUUGAGGAGGAAAAGGAAUAAAAUUUUGCAGUCGAAGACCGGUUCAGCAAUACCAAUGAAAGUGACAUUCAAUAAAUUUGACUUCUCAAACUCAUUGAUAUGGUUUGAAUUCUACAACACUCCGUUGGAGAAAGAUAUUGCCUUAAUUUGUGAUGCCAUUCGAUCAUGGCACAUUAUUGGACGUCUUGGUGGUGUCAAUUCCUUGAAUAUGCAACUGUCACAAUCUCCUUUGGAUAAAAGACCAAGUUAUGAUGGUUCUCAGGGAGCAAAUGUGACACCAACCACAUUUUACAAUAUUGGGGAUCUUGAGAUUCAAGAUAACUUGGCACGAUUCUGGGUGGAUAUUGGGACCAGUGAACCAUUGCUUCUGGAUGUUCUGAUAAAUGCAUUGACACAGAUAAGCACUGACAUAAUUGGCAUCAAGCAAUUAAUGUUUGGUGGAUCUGAAUUUGAGAACUGGAAAGAGAACUUGACAUCAGAGGAUGCAGGUUGCAGCGUCCACAAGAUUUAGCCUACAUUCUUCGCUUGUUUGCUUACUUUCUUUGCCACUCCUGAAGGACGAGAACAGGUCGCAAAACGCCUUUCAUGAACGCCAGAUAUAUAUUAUAGCCCCUUAGAGAAUGCCGGUUCUAGGCACGUAAGCCUCUGUUCUGAGCAUAGAAAUGUAUACUUCAGACUAGUAAAUCGGAGGAGACACUUGAGAGAAGGCUUUUAAAUGGGUCGCAGUCUUUAAAUCGAUUGAUGAAAAUUUCCUUUC